CUGGUGGCCCACGUUAGUGCGGGGAGGAGUAAGCAGCUACAGAAGACAAACAGAAACUAUCGAACCAGAGAACUAAGAGAAGAGGCAUCUGGUGGGGGAAACUUUUAAGUUUUAUCGUGGAGGUCGACAAUCGUGGUCCUGAUAUGAACUUCUGUGUGACCUGAAAGAGACUCACUGUGAUCUCAACAUGGGUGAUGUCAAAACUCUCGUCCAAGAAAUAUUUUCUUGGCUGAAGCUGCAGGAAGAAAGUGCAGAGAAGUUGAAGAACCUGGCCAAUGAGAUGGAAGAACGUCAGAAAGCCAUUAAUGUCACUAAAGUUGUGGGGAGCUCUGUCUCUGUAGGUGGUGCAGCUGCCCUGACAGUAGCAGGGAUAUCAGUCCUCACAGGAGGAGCAGCAAUACCUUUUAUAGGCGCAGCAGCAACAGUAGCAUCAGUGGCUGGUGUGGCUACCAACAUCACCUCUGAUCUCGUUGGUGCCGCUAAAUCAAGUGACACCAUGAAAGAGGCAGAUAAGAUUUCAGAGAAGAUGGAAGAUCUUAAGAAGAAGAUUCAAGAACUUGUGAAGUCACUGAGAGAGGAGUGGCUGAAGAAAGAAAAACAGGAACCAGGAACCUCUCCAGAAGAUUAUGUUAUCAGAGAAAUUGUGAAAGAAAUAGCAAGACUCAACAAAUUUAAAAUGGAUGAUGAUUUAGACAACGAGAUGUUUGGGAAGAAUGCUGGUGACAGUCUUAUGAAGGGGUCUAUACUGGAUUUCCCACAGCUUUCAAACUUCAUUACAGCUAUUACAGCUGAAAUAGCAGAUGAAGAAUUGAAAGCUGCAACCACAGCUGCAAUGAGAGCUGGAGCAGUAGUCACAAUGAACGUCAUAGGGAGAGGUGCAGAAUAUGCAAUAAAAUCUGCAGGCAAAGAAGCAGCGGAACAUGCAGUAAAAGUUACUGCUGCAAGAGCUGCAGUAAAAGCUGCAGCCAUACCAGCAACUGAACAAGCAGCAAGAGCUGCAGCCAAACAGGCAGCUGAAGAAGCAGCAAAAGCUGCUGUAGCAAAAGCUGCAGCUGAACAAACAGCAAGAGCUGCUGCAGCACAAGCAGUAAGCAUGCAGUUGGCUGAAGAAGCAGCCGAACAGGCAGCAAAAGCUGCUGUAGCAAAGGCUGCAGCAGCAAAAGCUGCAGCUGCUGCUGCAGCAAAAGCAGGUGCAGCCAGAGCUACAGCCAAACAAGCAGCGAACCAGGCAGCACAAGCUGCUGCAGCCAAAGCUGCAGCUAAAGCGACAGCUAAAGCAGCUGGACAUGCUCUUGGUGGAGUGAUUGGACUCGCGUUUACGGUUCCUGAGCUGAUUAUCAACUGUAAAGAUCUGGACAAAUGUGACACGAAUGCCAGUAGGAUCCUGAGAGAGAACGCCAAAGCUAUCCUGACUAUUGUUAAACAGAUCAGGGAAGAACUGGAUGAAAUGCAGAAAAUGUUUCGGCGUUUAGCUGCGAAAAAGAAAGAGAAGUGAAAACUCCUUCAAACUCGUAGACAUGAAUGAAAGGUACCUGGGGUGUGUUAUCAAAAUAUUUAAAUCAAAUGUUGAUGUGGAAGGUAAAGAAAAUCUAUCCAUCUAUCAUUUAACGCAGGGCUGGGCAAUUCAUUUCUACAGGGGCCACAUGCGAAACCUGAACUGUGUUGGAGGCCAAACCAAACGAUAACUUGAACGUAAUUCUGCUCAAUAUUAAUUUUCUCCCAUUGUAAAAAGCAGUAA